CUUUGUAAUUACAUUCCAGGUUCUCAAAGAAUGUCAUAUUACCUAAGUGUGGUACAGUAUGCUCUGUUUGCUAGUAUAGCCUUUAUGUUUCUGGGAAUUCUUUUGAUACUCGUAAAACAUUGCCUGCUGAAGGAAUGGAAGCACGAGAAACAACAGAUGGUGUUGGGGUUCAUCUCUGCGGCGUUUGCCUUUCUAACAGGUAUUCUCGCAGUAUUAGCGUUUGGGAUAUUUCAUGUAGAACUGGUGUUAGAUGGUUAUUCUCUUCAUGCUGGAUUUUACCUUACUGUGAUAGCGUGGCUGUUGUCAUGGGUUACUGGGUCAAUAUUUCUAGUGGAUAGUAUUUGCAUUGGAGCUAAAAUGUAUCCGGACUUGAAAUAAAUUGUUACCAGUAGCCACAAUGUACUGAUACAAGGGCAUUUUACCAUAAUAACAUUUUGUACAUACUCUAUUAUUAUUGUUUGUUCCAGUCUUACUUUACAUUCAAAAAGAAACCCUGUUUAACUGUUUUGCAAUCCAGACACCAUGAUAUUCCGGUCUGGGUUUCAUAGAAAGUCCUAAGUCUGAAAUUAUAGAAAGUCCUAAGUCUGAAAUCAGUCUUAUGACCAAAACUUAAACAGUUUUGCGUUUCAAAAAAAAAAUGUACCCUAUAAAAAGAAAACAUAAGACCCCUAUGCUAUGACUCUUAAUUUCUGAAUAGCAAUGCUGAUAGGCAUUUACACAUUGCGAGUAAAAGGUUCUGUCAUUGUAUUUCUUAACUUUUUUUCCGGAGAAUGAAUUCAUUUAUAGUAUACAGUAUUUGACUGAAGAUAAAGAUAUUUAUUGAAAUGGUCUUAAGUUAGUUCUAAAGUUGAUUUUAUGUCUUAGGACUUAGGAUACACUGAGGACUUUCUAUGAAAGGCAGACCAGUUCACUUAAA